AAAGUAUACUAGAGCAAAUUUCUUAAACGUCAGUUAUAAAAAAAGGGAGGGAGUAACAAUAAUAAAAUUAAAUCAAAUUAACUAUGGAAUUGAAGUGGGCGCCCCACCGCCACGUGCAUGAAAGAAGUGUAAGCGAUGGAAAAUGGGACGGCUGGAGAGCAUCCAACUAACUUGAGCCACUCCCUUUACUUUAGUUUCCUCUCCCAUCCAGCCUUAUUGCAGCUUUGCUUUGUUUGUUUGCUCUAUUUUUUUUUUUUUUUUUUUCCCCCGUUCCAUCCAAACUCCAAAGUGCGCCGUCCUCCCUCCCCUUCUGAGCUCUUUAACACUGCCUAAAUUGCGGCACCACUGACUGCAACUCAUCAUCUGAUCUAAUAUAACUAUUUCACUUCUCCAUUUUCAGCGGCCACUCGAUCCUUCCUUCACGAACUCGCAAGUUUCCUAGUACGUCCAUCUCCCUCCUGCCUGGCAAAGUGAGCAAGAGAUGUCAGACUGGGGUCCAAUAUUCGUGGCAGUGGUACUGUUCGUUCUGUUAUCACCGGGGCUGCUAUUUCAAAUUCCCGGCCACCACAGGUGCGUGGAAUUCGGCAAUCUGCAGACCAGUGGCGCUGCCAUAAUGGUGCAUUCCCUCCUCUACUUUGCUCUCAUUUCUGUCUUCUUACUGGCCAUCAAGCUCCAUUUGUACCUGGGGUAGAGUCUCAGAGACGACUGUGAAGGCACGAAUUUCUUUUCUUUUCUUCCUCUUUUUUUUUUUCAAUUUAACCAAAAAAAAAAAAAUUUGCGCCUCCACGGUGGCGCAAACGUAAACCAGAAAUGUCAAUAGUAAUGUUAUAGUAGUAGUACUUGUAUCUGCUGUUUUAAAUACUUGGGCUGGGACUUUUCGGUUUUCCCGGCCGGAAUCUACUGCAAUAUGUCUAAGUCGAGAGUUGCACCUUAUCCAUUCAUUCAACUGCUUCAAUUGAGUUACACUGUUCAUUGCUAUUUGCACGAACGGUCGUGCUCUAGCCUCUAGGCGAUUGCUUCAUCAAUUACGAAGAUUAGGUGAAAUUACACAGCGUAUUGGUGGUGAAUUGGUGGAGUGGAUUUCGCUUAUAGAGUGGAUCGAUUGUGACGUUGAACUCAUUGGUUACCAAUCAAAAUUCUAGCUUCUUCA